AUGGGCGCCGCGGCCUUCGAGUUCGAGUACAAGAGGGACGCUUAUGGAUUCGCGGUGCGGCCACAGCAUGUGCAGCGUUUCCGCGAGUACGCCAAGAUUUACAAGGAAGAGGAGGAGGAGAGGGCGCACAGAUGGAGGGACUUCUUGGACAGGUUGGCUGAGUCAGCCAAUGUGCCCGCCACACCCAGCGUUUCACCAUAUGCAGCUGCCAGGGAUGGUGCUGCAGGAGCAGGACAGGCGCAAGAGAAUAACAACAUCGGAAUACAUUGUGUUGAUGAUGAACAAGAGGAGGGAGCUGAGAAUGCAAAAGAUAACAAUAAAUUGGAAAACCCGAAGGAAGCUGAUACCAGUGGUGAAUCACGAGAAGCAAAUGGUAAGUCAGAAGAUCUGAAAGAUGUAACUGACAACUUGGAUGAAGUGAAAGAGGAGACUAGUUGUAGCUCUACGGAAGCAAUCAAAGCCUUAGAGGGCUUGAUGGAAGCAAAUGGGGACAUUGAAGAAUUAAAAGAUUUGAAUGGAAGCUCAGAAGAAUUGAAAGGAGAGAGUAAUGGCAACUUGGACAAGCUGGUAGAGCUCUUCUUGGAUAAGGGGUUGUUGGAUGAACUGAAGCCCAUAAAAGUUGAGUCCCGGCGGCGGGUACGGGCAGCGCUUAGCAUCAUUGACAAAAUGAUGAGCUCUCGGGUAGUGAAGGGUGGUAAUGGUGCAAAUGAUACUCAUGGAAAGGAUGGAGCACAGCUUGCUUCUAUUGAAGAGGAAGGAAGGACUGCAGAAGUGAGUCAUGACGGAGAUCCAGCUGAGGUUGAUGAGUCUUGUGUUGCAGAGAAGGUUGAACUUGGACAGGAAACACCUGAUGAUUCUCUGGACUCUGCGACAUUCGAUGAAAAGGACCUCAUUGACCCAGUGGUCAACGAACAGAGAAGUGCACCGAGAAAAGUUACACAGCCUGAGAAGUGGAAAGGACAGAUAGAGAAGGCCAUGAACUUCUUUGCUGGGCUAUUUUUGCUUUUCAUGCCUGAAGAAAAUGCAUUUUGGGCUUUAGUAGGGGUUAUUGAUGAUUAUUUUUAUGGAUACUACACUGAAGAAAUGAUUGAAUCUCAGGUUGACCAACUCGUCCUUGAGGAGGUUGUACGAGAAAGGUUCCCUAAAUUGGCCAAACAUAUGGAUUUCUUGGGAGUUCAAGUGGGAUGGGUGACUGGACCAUGGUUUCUUUCAAUUUUCAUCAAUAUGCUUCCAUGGGAAAGUGUACUUCGCGUUUGGGAUGUCAUCCUUUUUGAAGGAAAUCGUACAAUGUUGUUCAGGACGACGCUUGCUUUGCUGGAUUUAUAUGGGCCUGCACUGGUGACCACAAAAGAUGCCGGAGAUGCAAUUACACUACUGCAGUCUCUUGCUGGAUCUACUUUUGACAGCAGCCAGCUUGUAUUGACAGCUUGUAUGGGCUUCCAAUCAGUUAGAGAAAUGGGAUUGAAAGAGUUAAGGAAAAAGCACAGGCCUGAAAUUUUAACUGCAAUGGAGGAAAGAUCAAAAAACCGUGGCUCCUGGAAAGAUAAGAAGGGGUUAGCAACCAAACUUUAUAGCUUUAAACAUGAUCCCUCAUUCGUGUGCUCACCAGUUAAGUCCAAGGAAGGGCUAGAUGGUUCAAAGGUGAAUGGAGAGAUUGGGCCAGCAAAUCUUGAGACCUAUCUUAGUACUAGUUCUAUACUGGAUAAUGAUUUGGAUCAGGGUGUUGAUCUUCAAGAUCAGGUGUCAUGGCUAAAGAUUGAACUAUGCAAGCUGCUUGAGGAGAAAAGAUCAGCUGAUCUCAGGGGUGAGGAAUUGGAAACUGCUUUGAUGGAGAUGGUCGAGCAUGACAACAGACGUGUGUUGAGUGCUAAGGUUGAGAAGCUGGAAGCAGAGGUAUAUGAACUGCGAAAAGCUUUUUCAGACAAGCAAGAGCAAGAGCAAGUAAUGCUUCAGAUCUUGUUAAGAAUGGAGCAAGAACAGAAAGUGGCAGAAGAUGCCCGCAUAGCCGCUGAGCGAGAUGCUGCUGAACAAAAACAUGCUGCUCACUUGCUCCAGGAGAAGUAUGAAGCAGCAAUGGCAUCACUUUCACAAAUGGAGAAAAAGAGCUGUAAUGGCAGAAACAAUGCUGGAAGCUACAAAGCAAUACCAGGCUGGGCAGUUCACCUCGCGGACCAUGUUCUUGGGAAGAUACAUCAAGAACCAAACCAAGAUGCACCUAACCGGAGAAUUGGCCUGCUUUCUAGGGGACUUGGAUGGCUUGACAAGAGCAAGGGAAGGCAGAAUUCCACUGAAACAUCUGGAGGCUAA